AUGGCACCUGACGCAGCAUUCUCAAAUAUAAGUGAUAAGAAUGAAUUUACAAAGUUCACUAAGUUCCUCGCAUACAAAGGCGUGCAGGUCAUUGUCGAAUCGAGGAAAGGAAUCAAAAUAGAACCGAACACAAAACAACAUUCAUCAGAUACAGAUUGGUUUAACCUACAAAUACCGGACUCUCCUGAAGUUAACCAAGCAACAAAGAAUGCUCUGCCCUCCGAUAGAAUUCUGGAAACUAUAAGAUCUCAGUUAAAUGUAGAAAUAUCUGUACAAACAGAAGAUGGAGAUGAAAUGGUUUUAGAGUUGUGGACUUUGGGACUGGAUGAGACACAGUUUGAUUCCUCUUUAAAAGCUAUGAAUACCAUAUAUUUUAGAAUGGGUAUAUUACUGAAAUCUCUCAUUACUAUAACUAGAAUAACACCAGCGUAUCAUCUAUCCCGAAAACAAAGGACUGAAUCAUUUACUAUUUUUUACAGAGUUUACAGCGGGGAACCAAAAUUUAAAGCAUUGGGCGAUUCAGUUAAGAAAGUUCAAGCAGGAAUGCUCAAAACUCCAUUAGGAGGUUUGGGAUUCAGUGUUUCUUAUCGAACAAAUUUCUCUAUUUCACCCAAUAGAUCAGAAAAAAACAAAACACUUCUUUUGAAGAGUGAUCACUUUGAACUGAGCCCUAAACAUGUAAUAUUUGAAACUAAGAAAAAAAAGGAACCCCGCUCUCCACAAUUAGUUGACCUUAAUAAACCUCUUCGUUUAGCAGCAUUUGUUGAUGAAUUUCUCGUGGAACAAGUGAUCAGAGAGUUCUUUGAGAAAAUACCAAUUCCAAAAUGCAGAGUACAACCAAAGUUGAAGUUACUUGUGGAUGAUAAAACGACAUUAUGCAAGAGCACUCAAGAAUUGGAUAUGAGCACUAUCUCUAAAAGCCCUACGUCCCUUGAAAUGCCUCCUAAAAAGUUUCCAGGAUUUAGAAGCGAAAAUGAACCGCCGUUAAAAUUGCUCUGUUUUCCUUUUGCAGACAAUCAUCCCAUAAGAGAGCUGGCUGAAUUUUACAAAGAUUUCUUUAAUGCCCCCCAUUUAAAGUUAUCAGAUUAUGAUUCAGCAUUCAAAGAAGAGAAAGUUGAAAUGACAACUGAAGAUUUUUCUGAAGAUUUAGCCAAACAUGAAAACUCUAUGAUAGAAUUUGACCAGUUAGUAGAUGAUAUGUGCCGGUCGGCUGAGUGGAGUGGGAAUUAG